CUUGCCUUUGAAAAGAUGUCACCUUUCCAUGAAUGUGUUUUAGUACAGUUGAAUUCUGCCAUAUUUAAUUUUCAAAGUCUGUUGACUGUUGUACUGCUUAUGAUCUGUACUUGUGCCUACUUGAGAGCUAUUGCACCCAGCGUGAUGGACCGUAAUAAAACUGGGUUGCUCGGCACUUUCUGGAAGUUUGCUCGUAUUGGAGAGAGGAAGAGUCCUUAUGUGGCAUUUUGUUGUGUUGCCAUGGCCUUUAGUAUUCUAUUCUUGUCCUGAUCAAACAUAAACAGGGGGGCAUCUGGGGAAGUACACAUGAUUUGAUUGUACAUCUGUUGAUGUGGUGUAGUGAAAGUGCUUUAAAAGAAAAGAUUUGUUAAAAAACAAUGUCCAAACUUGAGACCUUGAUCUUGAAAACUUGUGUAAGUUAACCACUGUGCGAAAGACAAAUUAAUAUUAAUCACUAUAUUCAUUGCCUGGUGUUUGAAUGGGAAAGUGACAUACUUCACUGCAUGUUGAUAAAUGUUUUAUAAUUUCAAGACUGGAAAGACCUAUCAUGUGUAAUGCUGUAUAUAUGUAAAGUAAUUAAAGUCAGCUUCAUGUAUCUUGUUCA